CUGCUAUGACUAGCGUUAUUUUUCUCUUGUACAGUCAUAAUUGAAAGAUAUGGAAAAAUGUGAUAUGUGAAUGUUGGAGGGAAUGUUUGAUUUAUUUCCAUUUAUGUGAUUGAAUCAGAGUUAUCGUUGGUCAAGUGUAAACUUAUUUCAAAAUUCAGUUAUGGAUAUCAUCAUAGCAGAAAAACAUUUCUGUUACUAUCAGUUCAGUAUCAAUGAUGGGAACCAGUGACACACAUAGGAAAUCGGUCAGUGCAGAUGAAUCUGUGGAGUUCGAUGAAGCCCUGGUGCUUACAGGAUAUGGCAGGUUUCACAUAGAAUCCCUAGCUGCCUGUGCCCUUGGAAUAAUAAUUGUGGGUUUCCAAAAUGGCAUAACGAGCUAUAUCUUUCCAGCAGCACAAUGCGAGUUGGAUCUAGCGUCUUCCCAGCUGGGAUACCUCAAUGUGGCUUUUCUUAUUGGGGGAAUGGGCAGUUGUUUUCUUUGGGGAAGCCUUGCAGACGCCAUAGGAAGAAAAUAUGUCCUGAUAUUGAGCCUGCUGUUGGACUGUGUAGUGAUAUUAGUGCUGACAGUGUCUAAUCACGUGCUGUGCUUGACGAUUUGUCGAUUUUUGAACGGUUUUUUUGCAGGUGCUCCUGGUAGUGUGCUACUGUCCUACUUAGGUGAGUUCCAACCACCAAAACUAAGAUCUGGAAUUAUAUGUGGUGCUGGCUUAUUCUUCACGUCCUCCUGGUUACUUCUACCGAUCCUUGCUUGGUUCAUUCUGCCUUUGAACAUCCACGUGACCAUAGGAUCCUGGUUCAUAAUAUCACCAUGGAGGUUGUACCUUAUUUUCCUGGCCAUCCCUGAAGGUAUCUUAGGAUUAUGGUUCAUGAGACUGCCAGAAAGCCCGAAGUAUCUUCUAGCUAUAGGAAAGAAACACGAGGCUCUGGAUAUUCUCAGAAAAAUGUUCGCCUUGAACAAAGGGAAGUGUCCAGAAGACUAUCCUGUGAAAAGUUUGUACUGUCCAAGUGUUGCAAACGAAGGAUUAGACGGGAAAACAGGAUGUAUGGGAAAAUCAUCAAGGAUGCUGCGUGACAUGAGAUCCCAGAUGAAGAGUCUCUUUAGAACGCCGCUGCUUUUUAUUACGUUCUUAUCCUGUACAAUCAUGUUUACAAAUAUGUUCGGGGCUUUUGGUCUUGGACUCUGGCUACCCGAGUUAUUUGUACGCUUCAAGCAAUAUGUGGUACUCCACCCCAACGAAACCAUAUCCUUAGACAAACUGGUCGUUUUGACCGUCGUCAAGAACAAAACAUGCGACUCAACCUUCGACAUAUCUGUGAUACAAAACACAGUUGCCAUGGGAAUGACAUCUUUGGUGACCAGCGUUUUCUGCGGAUACAUCUCCACCAAGGUGUCCAUAAAGACAGUACCGCUAGUCUGCAUGCUUUUAGGAGGGUUAGCAGCAGCUUCAAUAUACUGGUUGAGGUCGGCUGUCCAGUAUUUGGUAGUGGCAUCCACUUUUCAAGCCACCAUGAUCGUAGCAAAUAUGUCCCUCAGUGGUGUUGUGGUAGAGCUGUUCCCAACAAGUGUUGGAGCUACUGCAAUCUGUUUGGCGAUGUUCAUGGGUAGAAUGGGUGCUAUGACUAGCAACAUGGUCUUCGGACUCCUCAUGGAUGAACACCCAGAAAUACCCAUAUUUGCCGUUGCUAUAAACGUUCUUUUAGGUGCCCUUUUGUGUUGGGUUAUUCCUAUAAAACAAAGUGAGGAGAAAUGCGAUAGAAGCAGUUAUGUGGCUGGUAAAACGGUUGAAAUUUCAUUGGUUUCCUUGCCCAAAAAUGAUUAUAACCCAGGGAUUUGAAGUUCUAGUCAAUAUUCAACAAGUGCCUCUUUAUUUUAUGUGCUGAAACAGUAUCAAGCGAUACUCCUUCAGAAGAGCACUCUAAACAUAUAUUUUUGUACAUAAAUAUUUCGAAUUAGGUUAUUUUAAGACUACGGAAUGCAUUUUUCAUAUGUUUUGAUUCGUUUUGAUUGAAUUCAAUUUAGUUGAAUCGCAAAUGAGUUAUAUUUGAUAAAAUCUAUAAUUGUGAUAAUAAAAUAUUACCAAUAGUAA